CUCAUCAUUAUCAUGUCUUAUUAUGCUUAACUCUGAGUACACUGCUUCUACUGCAGCUAAAAUCGACAGAAGUUUCCCCUGUAAUUAUCAUAGGUGUAGAACAAAGGGUCAUAAGUCAUUUAACAAGAUUUGACAGAGUGGCACACAGAAAGCUGCUCUGAUCCACCUCACAAGGUCUGCAGCUUUCUGUGGGCAAACAGCAGAGAAAGCUUCUCCUGCAUCACCCGCUUCUACAGUCUCUAUUCCAAAGCUAUGCAUCGCUACCAAACACUGCAGGGAGCACAAAAAAGAAACAAAAGAAACAGAGUGCAGUGCUGGGUGAGCCCGCCUCACCAGGUGACAGAAAAUCAACAACAGGAGGAAGAUGACCUCAUCAAACCAAAGAAGCUGAUAAAUCCUAUCCUGGCCUCCCUCCAACAGAGAGCUCUUCAUCAGGAGCUGCUGUUCUGCCAUAAACAGGGGUUUCUGCCAAGAAAGAAAUCCGAGUUGCAUCGUGUCCUCGAAAACAAAGCCAGAGAGCAGCUGAGGAAGAGGGAGCAGGCUCUCCGACCUCGCUCCGACCUGGAGGUGAAACUGCAGAGGAGACUGCAGAAAUUAGAACUGUAUGAGCUGGAGGAGAAGAGGUGGAGGGCCGGGUUGAAGAAUGUUCCCGAGUUUACAGCCAAAAUGGACAUUCUCAUGCUGACAUAUGGUGGCCAGAGCCACUCCAGCAUCAUCUUAUAUGGUAAUGCUGCAGGCUGUCUCAUCCGUCAUGACCUGGAAUCCAGCAAACUGAAAAUCUGCUGCCACCUGGUGGACACAGUGUGCAACAACAACCAAAGCUGA